CAAAAAUUUGCGGAUAUCGCAGAUAAAUAUCUGGCACCGACUACUGUACGAUCACCGAAUUAUCGAUCAGUACCAAUGGAUUCAGACAUUUAUAGGAGAAAGCGGGAGACUCGAAAGCGAAACGGUUGAUGGUUUUUGUGGUCAAAAAGAGCGGUUAAUCGUUGCACCGUGUCGACGGUUUUGUUCGCGUGAUUUCCUAUUCCGGGGGAAUAUGCCAUCAUCGACCCAUGAAGCUCAUAGUGAAUUGUGAAUGAAACAUUCCAGUUUCUGAUCCUGUAAACAAUAUAUGUACAUUAACAUUAAUAUUAAAUAAAUAAAUAAACUCUCAUCGUAGGAACGUGUUUUUCCUCUCUCUUUAAAUAUAGUAUAAUCUAUACUAUAUAAUCUUUUUCUUCAUCGCGUACUCUAAUGUAUAUAUUUUCAAAGAAAACAGUGCAGAUACGUUCUUUAAAAGGCGUAUGUAGAUAAUUAAAUUACGUGAACAAGCCGAGUUAAUGCUCAACAAAUCGAAUUAACUGACGACCUAAUACAAUUACUGGGGCAGUGGGGUAGACCCUCUUAAGGUUUCUUUUGUGUGUUGUCGGAAAUCAUUCGAAAUCGGCAGUUUUCACAUGUCAAACGUUAGUGGUAUUUAGUCUCUACAUUUUUCUGGGCGCUGGUGAAACUCUGUGGUCAUUCGAGAAGGGAUAAAAAUGGGCAAGGAUGACGCCGAGACUACAGCCCUGAAGAAAGAACUGGAGGAUCUCAUCAAUAAGUGCAAGGAGGAUCAAAAGAAGCAGCAAGAUACGACGCUGGAGGAAGCAUGCAGCGGGGUGGCGGAUGCUCCGAAAGUUAGACUGUCAACGAAGAAAACGCUAAAGGGGCAUAUUAACAAAGUUAACUCGGUACACUACAGCGGCGAUAGUCGACAUUGCGUGACAGGAUCGUUGGAUGGGAAGCUAAUCAUCUGGGAUACGUGGACCGGUAACAAGGUACAGGUGAUUCCGUUGCGCUCGGCCUGGGUGAUGUCGGUGGCUUUUGCGCCGUCCGGUAAUUUUGUUGCGUGUGGCGGCAUGGAUAACAUGUGUACCAUCUACGAUGUGAACAAUCGCGAUGCCACGGGAUCCGCCAAGAUCGUGAGAGAGCUUCUGGGUUAUGAGGGAUUUCUGUCGUCCUGCAGAUUCCUCGAAGACAAAAGGAUCAUCACCGGAUCCGGCGACAUGAAAAUUUGUAUAUGGGAUCUUGAGGCAAACAAGAAAACAACGGACUUCGAGGCGCACGCGGGUGACGUGGUCAGCAUUAGCCUGUCCCCCGACGGCAAUACUUACAUAACCGGCUCGGUUGACAAAACCUGCAAACUAUGGGAUUUACGAGAAGAGAAAGCUAAGCAGACGUUCUUCGGACACGACGCUGACGUAAAUUCCGUCUGCUAUCAUCCUUCCGGACAAGGUUUCGUAACAGCGUCCGAGGAUAAAACCGCGAGGCUGUGGGACAUCAGAUCCGAUCAGCAGUUGGCCACCUUCAAGCCACCGAACUCUAAGCCCGGAUUUACAUCUUGUGGCCUAUCUUUGAGUGGCAGAUUCAUAUUCUGCGGUAGCGACGACAAUUCCAUUCACAUAUGGGACACGUUGAAAAACCAACACAACGGUGUCUUAUCUGGCCAUGAGAAUAGAGUAACGUCGCUCUGCGUUUCUGGUAACGGGAUGGCAGUGGCCAGCUGCUCCUGGGAUCAGAACGUCCGAAUUUGGGUGUGAAUAAAUAUGUAUUUAAUAUAUUUAAAAGAGAGCUGUCCGAAGUAAUCGAUGAAAAAGAACACUAGACGAGAUAUAUUACCAUCAAUAUAUCAAUGUUAAAAGCCAAUCGAUUCUUUUUGCACGAAACCUACGCAGCAAGCUUGUUUAUUAACUUCUAACGAGUUGCUGCCUUUAGUGUAUAAUUACAGCAUAAUCGAUAUCUUAAUCUUCUCUUUGCAUUCACAAUCUGCGUUAUAAACAAAUAUGAGUUUUUUUUGUCUUGGAUUAAUUCUGGAUUUAUCAUAUAUGUUAAAAAAAUCUUUAUUUAAUGAAUAAUAGGAUUAAUAACGUACGCAAUUAAUUAUGACGAAAUGUAUAGAAUCUACAGCAAUAAACUUCUAACCUUCACACCA